ACAAAUGACAGAUAUUUGCACUUCGCAGUACCUACACUGAUAUUGGGAACUUUUUCGUAGGAUGCCUAUGUAUAUUCCGUGCAACAUUUAUUUAUGGUUAAAGAUCUAACAAUUCUAUUAAGAAUAAAAAUCAGUAAUCACUAUAUAUUGUACGCAGCCUAACGCAGGGAAGGUUAGGUUGACUUGUUUCAAGGCGCACGUCACAAUCACUGCAGUGCUUCACACUCGAACAAUCAUGAAUCAAUGAACCAUCAGUCAUACUCAUGACUCAUCACCAAUAGAUUUCGAUAAAAUUUAUAAGGGUAUUAUUAAAGUGUAUCAAAAAUGGAUGAACAGGAUCCUCUUGUAUUUGCUGAUACUGCUAACAAUAGAUUAUUUGGGCUUCCAGAAGUAUUGGAUAAAAAUGUGGAUGAUAUAAUUGUAAAUGAAUGUGAUACUGUCUUAACAAAACCACCAGACCGGUACAAUUUCGGAUUUUUAAUAUUUUAUGUACUUGGCACUUGUCUUCUACUUCCUUGGUACUUUUUUAUGACUGCAAAUGAUUAUUGGAUGUAUAAAUUACGAAAUUUACCAAAUGAAACCCAACUGAUUUUUCUCUUGCCAAACGACAAUAAUGAUCAUUCAAGACUUCAAGCUAAUUUCACUUCUUUUCUUACCAUUGCUGCAUCUGUUCCUAGUUCACUAAUUUUAUUAUUAAAUACAUAUUUAGCUAAAAAGAUGUCAAUACAUUUUCGAAUGAUCAGUUCAUUGAUGUUAAUGCUUAUUUUGUUCACAAUUACCACUAUUUUAGUUAAUUUGGAUUCUGAUUCAUGGCAAGUAUUGUUCUUCAUGAUUACUUUAGGAACAGUCAUUUUUUUAAACAUAGGGAGUUCUAUAAUGCAAGGUGCUGUGUUCAAUUUAGUUAGCUUUUUUGACAGUGGCUACAUGACAGCAACUGUAUGUGGUCAAGCAUUGGGAGGGAUUGUCGCUGCAUUAGCUCAAAUAUUGGCUUUGUGGUGGGGUGCAUCAUCUGUCCAUAGUGCCUUUGUUUAUUUUUUGUUUGCUGAUAUAUUCAUCUUGAUCUCUCUAGUGUUAUACACUAUUUUAAUUAAAACAAAUAUUUAUAAGUAUUAUGUUCAAGACAUACCUGCAAAUGCAUGGAUUAGGCGUUCAUCUUCUACACAAUAUGCUUUACUUGGUAAUGAACAAAUCUUAACUGUUAAUACAUACGCAGUUUUAAAAAAGAUAUGGAAAUUGGGCUUAAGCACUUUUUACAAUUUUUUAGUCACUAUGUCUGUUUAUCCAGCAGUUACAGUAUUAAUAACUUCAGUAAACAAAGAACACACUGCCUGGACAGAUACAUAUUUUUUGCCAGUGAUAGCGUAUUUACUUUUCAGUACGUGUGAUUUCUUAGGGAGAGUUAUGUCAAACCUCAUAAAAAUGCCAGUCAAUAGUAGUUGGCCAGCUGCAAUAUUAUCUGCUUUAAGAACUAUUUUUAUUCCUUUGAUGAUGCUCUGUAAUGCUAAGCCUCGGUAUUAUUUACCAGUCUUAAUAAACAAUGAUCAAUUGUAUGCAGUUAUUAUGUCAAUUUUUGGUUUUACCAAUGGCAUAGUUUCUAACAUCACAAUGACGUCUAUCCCCUACUUUGUUGACAAACAUGAACAGGAAACUGCGAGUUCUUUGAUGAUUACAUUUCUUGGUAUUGGUAUUUCUACAGGUUCAUUGAUAAGUUUUGGCAUGGUUAAUUUACUAUAA